CUCCCUCCCCUCCAGGAAGGAGACAGUUCAUAUGAUGGGAAUCAAAAACUCCAAGGACAGGCAUCCAUUCUUUGCCAAGGGACCCCCAAAUAUAGGCCUUUCCCUGGAAUAGCUCAGCAGAGGCAGAAAAGUCACCAAGGAGAUCAAGUCCUAGUGUCCUGGACAAAAUGUUGGAAAAUGAUGAUCAGCUGGAAAGGCAGCAGGAAAAUCAAGGCAAGUUCAAGAGAAUGGCAGAAAGCUGUGAAUGCACAGUAGUGGGAAAAUUGUGUCCUCUUGCUACAGAUGAUGUUUGUUCAAGACAAAAGCUUCAUAAAUGUGGCACACUUGGAAAGAGUUUGA